GGGGCUCGUACGAAGGUUCGGUGCUAUGGUGUAUGCGGCAAGCCUGGUCAUAAUGCCCGCACUUGCCAGGAGGUUGCAGAAGCAUCUGAUUCAGCCGUUUCUGAUGUGAUUGUAGUUGGUUUGGAGAGUGGGUCAUUCGCUUGUCUGGGUCACUCGCUUAUCAUAUACGUCAUUAUCUAA